AUGGCGGACGAGGACGUCGCCGCCAGCCUCAGCCAGCCCUCCCCCGCCCAGGUGGGCAUCUCUGGAGAAAAUGGGGAUGAGAAAAUGAGGCAGUGCCAACCAUUUUUCUCCAUGUGCCAACCGCUUCAGACUGUUAGCUAUUCAAAUUCUUGGGAUAGCGUUUGUGCUCCUGCAGCAAGGGAUGCUCCUCAAACUAGCGGCUUGGAUUCACUGGAUGAUGGAGACACACCAAGUGCACCUUGCGUUACUGAUAGCAAGCAGCCCCAUUCUGAGAGCAUUUCUGAUGAAGUAGACGAAUCAAACAAGGACUCUUCACUUCCUUCAACAGAUAAGGGACAUGAUGUGGACCAGCUUUCACUGGAAUCGGACCAAUUAAUGAAUGACCCAGAUCUUCUUGAUACGGAAACAGAGCAGCAGCCAGAACCCCUUUGCACAGAGAAACCCAGUUCAGUUGAUCACAUAGAAAAAUGGGAGAUGGAAACUAAGCAGCACUCACCACCCCUUUCUAACAGUAACCAGUGGAGCUCCAAUUGGGGACUUGGACCUUGUGACAAGGAAAAUAAGCAAUUUUCUAUUUCAUUCUCUCGCUGCAGGGAACCCCAGUCAGUGGGAGCUGGUCUUCGGAAUAUGGGUAACACAUGCUUUCUAAAUGCAACUCUCCAGUGCAUCACUCAUACUGUCCCCCUUUUUAAGAAGCUCCGCUGCACUGACCACUCUACUCCAUGCUCAUAUGAUGAAGAUGGGUUUUGUUCUUUCUGCGCCCUUAAAGGACAUAUGGAGGAAUCAGUUCGAAGGUCUGGGUCUGUUUUAGUGCCAACAAGGUUCAAAGAUAAUUUAAGCAAAUUAUCUUCAGAUUUUAGACCAGGGCAACAAGAGGAUGCACAUGAGUUCCUUCGUUGCUUGCUGGAUAAUUUGUAUAAGUGCACCCUUGAUCCCAAAUCAAAGGGGAAGCCCUCGUCUUUUGAUGAGGAAAGUAUUGUCAAGCAGGUUUUUGGAGGUCGACUGAAAAGCCAGUUGACAUGCCAUGAUUGUGGUCACCGCUCGGAGACAUUUGAGCCCUUCCUUGAUCUCAGCUUGGAGAUUGAUCAGGUUGAUGACCUUGUUGCUGCGUUGGAAUCUUUUACCAAGGUGGAGCAAGUUGGUGAUGCUGAGAACAAGCUCACCUGUGAAAGUUGUAAAGUUCAAGUUUGCAAGGAUAAGCGGCUUGUGCUUGAUAAAGCACCUGAUGUUGUUGCAUUUCAACUCAAGCGCUUCACCACACUUGAUAAUUCCAUUGAAAAGAUUGACAAACAUGUGGCAUACCCAUCAGAACUUGAUCUGGAGCCAUUCCACAGUAAUCCAGACAAGGAGGACCUAAAAUAUGAUCUUUAUGGUGUUGUUGAACAUUCUGGCUUACCCAACUAUGGCCAUUAUGUGUGCGCAAUUCGUUCUUCACCAAGCAGUUGGCACUUGAUGAAUGACUCACUUGUUGAUUCCAUUACUGAGACAAGUGCACUACGUCAGGAAGCAUACAUUCUCUUCUAUGUUAGGCAGGGCAAGUUUCCAUGGUUCUCAAGUUUGCUAGAGGAGGCUGCUAGUGGUGCAUCUCCUGUGUCAGUUUUGGAUAAUAUAGACUUGGACUGUUCAACAUCCGGCAACAGUAGUUCUGGUUAUAAGUUUGAGAAUGAUGAAGCAAGUCAAUGCAAGACAUCUAGCCUCCCUGAGGAGCCAAGUAAGAGAUGUUCAGGCGAUGCUUUUAACAGCAUUAACAAGAAAGAAGAAAUCAGUCCACGGAGAACAUCUCUUCAAGCUGAUGUGGUGAUGAGGUGUGCCCCUAGUGCUACUGAAAUCACCAAUCCUGAGAGACCCUCAACUCCACCUCCACGCCCCAAGCGGAUGUACUCUGUUAAUGACCAUGAUGUGUUUGCCUUUGAGAACUUAGAUGAGGACGAUACUCCUUUGAUGCCAGUGGCUGAACAUCAAACAAAGGGGAAGAAACAAAAGGCUGCAUCUGCGUCCAAAUCUUUGAAGGGUGCUUGUCUGGAUCAGAACGCAUCACGGUUAAUGAGGAGCAUGACAUCUAAACGAAGAAAAGGUUUUCUGGACUGCAUUAACACACAACGCAAUGAGCAAGAGUCCCGCAGUGGCCCUCGGAGUGACCCUGUAGGCAAAAGGAAGAGGAAGUUUGACAUUCCAGUUCUUCAGUACUAAGUAUUUUUCUAGCCUGGUUUUGAGGUCUAAAAUCUUUUUGCUGUAAGUAGUUCCCAUCCAUGUCUUUCUCCAGGACCAACUCAAGAUACAAUAGAGCUUAAGAGUUUAGGCUGUUAUCUAUGUUUUUUUUUUGCUCUUCCUGAUUUGGAACACCUGGCCUAUAUAUAUAUAUAUAUGAAUUUUUGUGUCA